AUGAAGCUCACAGCGUGCUUCGCGGUCCUCGGAUGGGCCCUCGCCAUGGAGCUCCUCGACUGCGGGCCGACGACGCCACCGACGGCUGGCUGCAGCUGCCGGCCGACGACGACGACCCUCGCGCCGACGACCGAUCUGCCGCCCCUCCCGGCGCCGGGAGCGACGACGGCUCCCCCACGCUCGCCCUUGCCAGCGCCCGGAGCGACGACCGCGCUCGGUGAAUGCUACGACACCGAUCCCUCGACCCGCGACGACGAACGCAUCGACGAGCCCUGGACCAUCCACAGCGCAACCAACGCGAGUUCGGACGAAGACACCGACGCCGGGCUCGACGAACUCGUCGACAACGACAACGGGACACACGAGCCCGGUUCCCCUCACGACGAGCACGAUGAGCGCUAG